AUGGCCUACGCCCGUUGGAAGAACGCCAAUGGCAGUUCUCGCAAAGGCUGCCAGUCUACUGUCAGAGUUUCGCAUGACCAGCAACCGAGUUACGAGUCCUUUGUGCUCGCCAACGGCGAGAAUAAGGUAGAGAUGGAGAUUGAUACUCGGAUCCCAUCUUCUGCUAUUUUCACCUUCAACAAAGAAGAUCAUACUCUUGGAAACCUGAUCCGUUCCCGCCUGCUGCAGAGUUCGCAUGUUCUCUUUGCGGCCUACAAGGUUCCUCAUCCUCUGGUGCCCAAGUUCGAACUUCGAGUUCAGACCGACGGCGAGGUUACUCCCAAGGAUGCUGUUGUGGCCGCGUGCCAUGAACUAGUCCGGGACUUGGGGAUCCUGUCUCGUGAGUUCACCAAGGAGUAUGAGCUGCGCAAGAUGGUGGGCGCUACUCAGCAGCAGCAGCAGAACGGUGCUCAGGACGGACCCUAG